UGUGGCAUGAUGAAGCUCAAGCUGUUGGUACCUGGAUGGCGAUGACGUAGAUGGACACCGAUGUUUACCCGAGGAGGCUGAGGCUUACUAAGUGCGCAGAAGGCUGAGAAGGCAAACAAAGCUUCUCUCACAUCUCCAAGUGUCCCCAGCUUUCGAAGUAUAUCCCCAUAAUGCUAUCACGGCUGUUCUCUAGGAACGUAUUACGAGCAGUAUCACAGUCCAGUCCUCGAACUCUCCCCCGGGCUCUGCCUCGAGCUUCAAUACCUCAAAUAGCACGACCAUCAACAUUUACCCCACGACGAUUUCAAUCGGAAUGGAAUCGAUAUCCUCCUCCGCCUCCUCCUCGAAAGCCUCAACGAAUAAUACAUUACAGAUAUGACCCCAACCAGAUACAGCAUGCGAAACCACUCGUAACAAACGAACAAAUCUUCAAUGCCGUCCGAAGUCCCACCACGAAAUGGUUAUUCAUAAUAUCAGCUGGCUCAGCAACAGUCUUCUACGUUGCAAACCUAGAAGAGGUCCCAGUGUCGGGCAGAAAGAGAUUCAACUGCUAUAGCGAUGAGACAGUGGAAGCUGAAGGAAUGCGGAUGUAUCAAAUGAUCAUGCAAGAGAAUGCACGCUCGAUUCUACCAGACUGGGACCGAAGGACGAGGAUGGUUCACAGGGUUAUGGCGAAGUUGAUUCCUAACAGUGGACUGGAAGAUGCGGAUUGGGAAGUCCACGUAAUCGAUUCGCCCGAAUGUAAUGCCUUCGUAAUCCCUGGCGGAAAAGUAUUUGUCUACACCGGCAUCCUCCCCGUUGCCAAAAACGACGACGGACUCGCCGCCAUCCUCGGCCACGAAAUCGCACACAAUGUAGCUAGACACGCAUCAGAAAGUAUGAGCAGUAUGAUCAUGCUUGCACCUUUACGCUUCCUCUUCAUCUUCCUCGACAGCACAGGAUACACCAUGGGAUUGGGCCGCGUUUUGGGAGACAUGGCCAUGGAUCUUGGGCUUGCGAGACCAGCUUCAAGGAAACAAGAGAGCGAGGCUGAUUAUAUUGGAUUGAUGAUGAUGGCGAGAAGUUGUUAUAAUCCACAGGAAGCGGUCAAGGUGUGGCAGCGGAUGGAAAUUGCGCAGAAAGAUCAGAGUAUGCCGGAAUGGUUGUCGACUCAUCCUUCCAAUUCCCAUCGAAUUAGUCAAAUGCAGGAAUGGCUGCCGAAAGCAGCAACAGCGAGAAGCGACAGCGAAUGUGCAGUCACACUUGGAUACUCCGAAGACUUCAAGUCUGCGUUCAAGGGCAACGGAUGGAUUGACAUGUUUAAGAAUGAGUGAGAUGCUGAUGUGUUUUUUGGAGUAGAGAUCAAGUAAUUGUAUAAUCCAUGAUAAGCAUAGGGAGUUCGGCAGGCGGCAUGGUAGGCGCUUGGAGUUACUUUUUGGGGAGUUUUGGACACCACUCAAUAUCAAUAGAAAACUAGGCAUCUUCUAUCUUUUCGUUAUAUUUUGAGACCCAUCGAGCAUCUGAUUUGGGAGAACCCUGUUCGUUCAUGCCUUCAACUCUACCCUUUUUGGGAGUAGGCCCUCGGCUCAGUCUAUGUACGAUUAGAAACUGGGAGCUGGCAUGUACUUAACAUUGGUACAUCCUCGACCUUAUUCACUACUCUCAUCUCUUCCAAUUUCGGAAACCUCUCUCACCUACAUCGGAGGUUGACGUCCCCCAUAUAUCUCGGUACAUCUCUUCAAGUACAAAAGCACCCCAUUCCUAGUCAAAAGCAAACGCAACGAAAAGACUAGAUCAGGUCGAAAGUCCCUUCUACUGGAGCAGCACAGUUCAAUAGAGCCCACGCGUCUAUUUGCAAAAGAAGGAAACCCGAUGACUUUUACUGGUCUUCUG